UUGGUGAUGCUUUGGAGGAUGUCGCGACAAGCUCUCGGCCACUGGAGGGAUGGGACAUGGAAAUGCCUGGAGGGAAAGAAUGUCCCCUGUUUCGAAAGAGUGAAGACCCAAAGGAGGCUAAGAGACAGAAUGCCCCAGUGGCUCACUCCACGGUGAAGCGUAGAAGAGCGGUUUCCCAAAUGCUCAAGCACAGUGGGAAAGACAACAAGCAGACGGUGGAUCGUGUGACUGAGGUAGUGGCCGUGGAGUCUCAAAUGGAGGGGGAAUCUACUGAGUUGAGCACCGGCGAGGUGUGGUACGAUGCUAAGGAGGACCUGGAACCCGCCGUCGUUAUGGUGCCGACCGGACAGGGAGACACCCAUUCAGGGAGUGACGAAGAGAUAAUAGAAGGCUUGCCUAAGAAGGUGGAGGAACAGGGGAGCUCAUUGGUCAUCUCUGGACUCCCCAAGGAUGUGACUGAGAGCGAUGUGAUGCAGUGGUUUGAAAAGGACCACGUUUCUGAUGUCAGAUUCUUCAUUUUCAGCAACCAUCUAACAGUUGCCAUGGUGACCAUAAAGGGCCCUUUGGCUGCUGAGUUUGCCGUUGGGAAGAUGAAUGGCGUCUGCGUGCCGGGCUCCACUUUACAUGUGGAGCACAUCAGACCGGUUACCGAGAGCUUGAGUCCAGCCCUGCAGAUCCCCAUCGCCUCCAGCAAGGUACCAGAGGAGACAGGUGGUGCAACGAAACCCAGUGCCAACAAAACCCACUCCAGCCUCACUGUGGGAAAGGUGCCCGGCCCAGACAAGCAUAAGGUCCUGAGCGACUCGCCCACGGCGGAGGGCACCUGCGUGCCGCAGCACCACGCCUCCAUGGGCAGCUUCGACAAGCUGAUGGUCGCGCUGAAGGAGCGCCACCCGGAGGCUGGGAGGCUUGCCAUAGUGGGCGCUCUGCAGGAGAUGAAGACGCGCCACCGGGGCAGCCUCAGCGGCCUGCCGCUCAGUAGCAUUGUGGAGAUGGCGUCCAAGCAGCUCGCUGCUACGUCUUCUUCCGGCGCCACAGCAGCCAGUGGAGGGAGUAGGUGAUCACCACAGCAACCUCAAGAGGUAGUUUUGGGGGGGCGUGGCAGCGCCUGAAGGGAUAGUUGAGGCGUCGCGGCACCCUGCGGAUCCCUCAAGUUUUUGAUAAAUACAUUUUUGUUUAUGUUUAUAUAUAUUAAGGCCUAUAUAUGUUCGUUUUGUUUGGAAGGUUGUUCCCUAGGUUGUUCCACUGCUCCAUAGGUUGUUUAUGGAGCGGUGAUUUGUUUGUUUAUGAAGAAGUUAAUUGUUUGACCGGAAUGGUUGAGUUUAUUGUUUUUUUUGUAUUAGACAUUGUUUUUCUUUUGUGCCUUCCUUAUGUCUUUACUUACUUAUCCUUUCUUUCUAAUAUGCUCAAUUUGUAUAGGCACCAAAGCUGUGUUCAUAAGUUAGUAUUCUUUGAACUUAUGGGUGUUUGAAUACCAUAGAAUGUUAGUCAUGUGGUUAUUCAUCAAUAAAAAAAUAUA